UUACUUUACGAUUCAAUGAAGGUAUCUUAAAAAGUCAGAGUGGCAAAUGUGACGAAAGACGAAAAGUUCGGAAUGCCGGGCGUUUUAGUGAGGAAUGCGGGGAACGGGAAAGAGGGAGCUUCUUCAAGGUGGAACGGGAAUGAAGUCUCACAGAAGUUCGACUCUUCUUCCGCCCCAGCCAUCCAAAACGAAGUUUUUGAACUUCUCAAGAAUCAAGGUCUUUUCGAUGAAUUCCGUCGUGAAAGCAUGGAAGACAUUGACACCAAGGCGGGUUUUCAAAAUGUGUGCAAUCGGCUGGAGACCAUGAUCGAGAAGCAUUUGGGAAAAAUCAAAUGGUCGCCAGAUUUGAAUCGUAAUGCAAUACGAGAAGAGCUGCGCCAGACCCUGAAUUCGUCGGGAAUGGAAACAAGCAUUUCUCGAUUGGCCGAUCAGUUAAUAAAUGCGAAGAAAUCAACGACGCUGCUUCGGAAAGUGGAAACUGUUUACUAUGGUCAUUUGGGCCUUCCAGUUCCGGAUCCGGACUCCGAGUCGGAGAGCAGUUCGGACGACAGUAAUGAAGCUAUGCAGAACUUUCACAUGUUUCCGGGUGGAAAUCCGUUCGGAUUCUGUCCCCCUGCUUACUACACUCAAUUCGGAAAUUAUCAAGCCCCGUAUCAAGUUUCUAUGGGCAACGGCAUUGCUACGAAUGGGGAAAACGGAGGAGGCACUGGUUCUGCGUACACUCCAGCGUUUAUUACUCCCGCGCACGUUCCUGUGACCACUCCGUCUGCUCAACAGUUCCCCACUCUUCCAGUAUUGCCCCCGAAGAUGGGAUUCGACGAAGAUACAAAAGAAUGUGACGUCAAACCAUCCAUUGCGGAGACCAUGAGAACCGAGGAGAAGCGGGAAUCGCCAGUCGCGAUGGACAUUGUGGACUCUCCGGAGGAUUUUUCCGCAAUGGAAGAAGAAACGGUGAUUCAGCCUGAAGCGGAGCCAAAAUUGCCGGAAUCUGAUCGUGAACUCGAAUCAGCCGCCGUCGCUUCCUCCCGCGUGAGUGUGUCGCGAUCGUCGUCCAGUGCAGAGAGUUCUAGCAGUGGCGAAUCUUCGGAUGAAUCUUCUAGCGACGACUCGGAUGACGAAGGUGGAGGCGGUGACGGCAAAAAGGAUGGAGGCGGUGGCGGUGGUGGGUCCAGCGGAGCGUCAGGGUCAUCAUCUUCCGACCCGCCUUUGCCUCCGGGACCUCCUCCGCCUCCUCCACCUCCGCCACCUUCACCGCCGCCUCCGCCUCCUGGUGAAGGAGACGCGCCACCUGAUCAAGGAGGAAAUGGUGCACCUCCACCCGGAGACAGUUCUGGAGAUGGGAACGGCCCAGGUGGAAACGAUAAGAAACCAAAUAAAUCAUCAGACAAAGAAUCUUCGAAAAAGAAGAAGAAACACCGCCGCCGCAGGUCGUCAUCGGAUAAAGAAAAAUCCCACAAGGACCGGGACAAGAAGAAGAAGUCAAAGCACAGAGACAAAAAGAAAACCAAACCCUGCAAAGUUUGCGGCUCUGAAAAAGAGUGUUCUCACAGAGAAUUGUCCAAAAAACAUGCGACUGAGUAUGGGAAAUCUGGUGAGAAAAUCGCGAGAGACGAUGGAGCUGUAGUGAAGUCGAAGAAUACCGAUGAUGAAAAGUCGAGGAAAAGCUCGGGAGAUGUUCCGAAAAAGGCCAAAAAGCGUGAGCCACCCAUGCCACCACCAGACUUGUUUGAUCCUCGGGGAGACGGCGUAAAGAUUUUAACUGUUCCCAAGCCAGUUAUUUCUCCUCCUGUUUUGCCAAAUAAAGAUUCGAAACUCAUCCCUAAACCGAAGCCUCCUCACGUUGAAAAGAAAUCUUCUCCGGAUGGGAAAAUCAAAAUGGAAUCUGCGAGCGUUGAAAAGAAGGUGAAACUUGACACUCAGGUUGAGAAGAAGCUGAGUAACGAUGUUGGCAAGCACAAGAGCCCCGACGCAAAGAAUUCUGAAACGAAGCAGCUAUCGAAAAUGACAGAGGAGAUCUCAAAAUCCGAUAAAAACGAGAAAAAACGAAGAAAACCGCAAGUUUUUACUAGUUCGUCUUCUGAAGACGACCUUGAUCGUGGAUUUCAUGCCCUGAAAAAGAUAUCAAAACUGAGCGAAAAGAAAAUCGAGCGGAAACCCGAAGAAAGAAGAAAAUCUGGUACUCUUCACAAUGGCCUGGCGAAUGGUGAGGAUCACGCACAUUCCAGUGAAUCAGAGACGGGGUUGUCCCAUGACAAGUUCGGGGAUUCCGUCGAUUCACGAAUGCGAGAAUUUGGUAAUGGCAGCAGCCACGAGUUGUCAUCCGCUGCCAAAUGCAGAUCUUCGAAGUCACACGCUUCGUUGCAAGAAUCGAAAAAGUCAAAAGUGCUCAAGAAAGAGGAUCCUCCUCGUAAGGAAUCCCCUGCGUGUGGCACCGAUCAAGAAAAUGAGGAUCUCCAGAUUGUCGAGAAAUGUGGAAACAGCUUCGUUCCCAUUUCCAACAAAGAAGGCAACUCUUCGGAAGAAAUCUUUGACUCUAACGGGAUUGAGUCUAUGGAUGAACCCGGCUUUGUGCCAUCAGACAAAGUUCUCGCCAUUCCGGAGAAGUCUCCAGUAGUGGAACCUUCGCUUCCGGAGCCGAAAUCGGUAUCAGUCCUCACAGUGAGCAACGUGGAACGCAUGAGCAAACGUCUCUCGCGACUCAAGAAUAAACGGACGGAAAAAUUGUCCCCUGAAUCGGAAAUCAGCGCCGAUGAAGGCAUCGUUGUUGAACCCGCGGUCGAGACUCCGGAGAAACAGGCGCAUCUAGUUGAUUCCUUAUCUGUUGAGUCGCCAACUUCACCGAGCGUGGACGAGGAAAACAAUCGCCUCAACCAGUUGAACAGGAAUUUCAUCUCCGACAAAAUUGCGACGGAAGGGGCAACUCUGCAACAACCAUACAUAGCUCCGGUGUUUCCUAGCAAGAAGGGUUACGUGUAUGAAAUAGUUUAUGAUCCCCCAGAAGCCCCCGAAGAAUCGGCAGUAGAUUUAGAAGCGGGACGCAGUCGCAGACAGCGAAAACCCAACCAGAGAUACAGUUCCAAUGAAUACGUUAUGAAGCCGAAGACUGACCUGGAGACGACUGGAGCUGACGGAUCCGAAAGCGACUCUCCGGUCAGUGAUGACGAAGACCUUGUCAAAGAACUCGAGGAAGCCGCUUUGCAGGGAGAGAAAGUUGUCGGAUCCUUUCUGCAAAAGGUGAAUGCGCAUUUGAUGUCUUACGCGAAUUUGCUGCCUGUGGAUUUACCGUUGAACGGAGCGAAAGCAGUGGCGGAAAUCGCGUUGAAAUUCAAGAGCUGCGUUGCGAAAAAGCGGAACGGUGUGACAAUUGUGUUGCCUCCGAAGCGUCGUAAAAUUGAAUGUUCGUGAGCUUGGGCUUGUUGAUUCCAACUCGGGGGUCAGUUGAUGUGGAUGUUCUGUUGGGGAUUUUCUUCCUUUUUUUCUGCGCGCGUGUUGCAAAUGAGAUUUUUAUUACUGCGCUGUUUUUUUUUUAUUGCCUCGUUGCAGUGCGACGGAGCCAAAUUGCUCGAGUCGUAACGUUCGUAUUUUAAUUUGUUUUUCUUUUGUUCAGUGUCGCCCCCAGCUUUUCAGUUAUGAAAUCUAGUUGAGGCUCUGGGCGUUCCCUUCCCGAGACGUACGUAAAUUUUUUUCCAUGCGUUACUUCCAGCGGCGAUUCUUAAAAAUUCUCGGUUUAGUCGGAGGGCUCUGGUCGCGUGUUGACACGUUGUGGAAAUUGAAUCUUGAUCAAGAGUGAAUGAAACUAUUUCUAAAAAUCCUC